UGGCGCUAUAGGCUCUCCCUGCAGUCUGUAACGCGUUUAGUUGCGUCGGGUCUUGUUUUGUGCCAGACGGAAGACACGCACGGAUGAUAGCGUGACAACCCGCCGCGGAGGCGCACGGAGCGUCCGAGCGCUUGCUGCUGCAGUCGAGCGCCGUUCCGGAUAAAUGCACACGUGACAGAAAGCCGGUCGAGCAUGUCUUUAAUUUGGAGAGUUUAAUGGUUUUACCUUAGUUUUUAUUUUUCCACUUAUUAAUGCUUUUUAAAGAUGACUUUCAAAAGGGAUAUUUGUGGUUGCUAGCAGGAACGCGCAGUUUGGCCACUAUGUCGCUUUGUAACGUAAUUCACAUCCCGAACUCCUAUGGAAUAUAAUCUGGUUUGUCACAAUCUAUACAUUGUUUCAUUCGGCCCCGUGAAAAACAAACUCUUCUUUCUCGGCAUGAUGUUAUUUUGGAUAUAUAUACUAUAUUCGUGCGCGGGAUACUGCUCCUCUGCGCCAAGUUUGGAGGUGGACUCUACCCGCUGGCAAGAGGCUAGUUCUCCCAGUAAAAGAACGGAGGUCGCCGGACUGACGUCCAAACUCUUAUUCAGACCUCAAAGCGAGGUGGACGCGCAGGUCAGUCACGAUGAACCUCCGGCCGCGAAUACUUCCAAAGACUCGCAAAACAGCAAUAACGGGGCCGACAGAACAGAAGAAUGGGGCGAAUUCGAGGGCGAUCAGUUGUCCCCGGAGCCGGGUGCCGUGUCAAACGUAUCCGCAGAGUCCGUCGUUAAGAGGCUCCCCCAGGCCAUCAUCAUCGGGGUGAAGAAGGGCGGCACGCGUGCGCUGCUGGAGUUUCUCCGCGUGCACCCCGACGUCCGGGCAGCGGGAGCCGAGCCGCACUUCUUCGACAGGAACUACGGGAACGGGCUGGACUGGUACAGGGAGCUGAUGCCUAAAUCCCAGGAGGGUCAGGUUACCAUGGAGAAGACCCCCAGCUACUUCGUGACGCGGGAGGCGCCGGCGCGGGUCCACGCCAUGUCGCGGGACACCAGGCUGAUCGUGGUGGUGCGGGACCCCGUCACCCGGGCCGUCUCCGACUACACGCAGACGCUGUCCAAGAGGCCGGACAUCCCAGCCUUCGAGAGCCUGGUGUUCCGGAACCGCAGCGCGGGCGCGGUGGACGCCUCGUGGAGCGCGGUGCGGAUCGGUCUGUACGCCCUGCACCUGGAGCGCUGGCUGCGCUUUUUCCCGCCGGAGCAGGUGCUGCUGGUGAGCGGGGAACGCCUGAUCCGGGACCCCGCCGGGGAGAUGGGCCGCGUGCAGAGCUUCCUGGGGCUCCGUCCCGUCGUCACGGAGACACACUUCUACUUCAACCGCACCAAGGGCUUCCCCUGUCUCAGGAAGGAGGGCGGCGGCAAGCCCCACUGCCUGGGCAAAACCAAGGGCCGCACCCACCCCAGCAUCGACCCCUGGGUGCUGCAGCGCCUCAGAGACUUCUACAGGCCCUUCAACAUGAAGUUCUACCAAAUGACAGGGCAGGACUUUGGAUGGGACAAAAACAGUUAAGAAGAACGUUAUUAGAGGUGAUUUUCCUUCUGUAAUUCUGACAUUGCGUAUAUAAUUACAUGUAUGUGCGUACGGGUGUUAAAAUGGAAAGAAAUAUAUUUUAUGCUAAUUUAUUUUGGAGCGAUUUAAGCAAUCGAUAAACAAAUGCCUGCCGUAGCAUCCGGACCACUUAACGAUUCUUAUACUCGUUUUUCUUUUAACCCUCCACUUUCUUUUAGACAACAGCCUCUGCACUUGUGUGAUGCUGCUUCCAAACACAGAGAUUUACAGAGACUGGAGAUAAUUGCGCUAGGGUCUCAAACCUGAGGCCCAGUAAAAAGAGCACAAUGUGUUUACGGGUAUCAAAGCCUCAAGAGGCUGGAAAAAAACUCUGAAUUCUUUAAGAAUAAUUUUUGUCUCUCUUUUUUAAUUCAUAGAUUGAGUUUCUCAGAGCAGAGCGCUGAGAAGCAGUACAGAACAGCAGAUUUCUUCAGGUAAA